AUGGAUGUCGCAGCUGUGUCUCCUUCCAAAAAAAAUCCAUUUGGAAAAUUCAUCGGCACUGGUCAAAGGAAAAUUAUUGUCAAUUUAUAUAAGAUAAUAGUUAUACACCAGCUUGAAAAUCCUGACAGCCCUCGAAUGACCUUAAGAGAUAUGAUCGUCGAUAUUUCAAAAUCUUCGGGUAUUGGACAGCGGUCAGUUCAAAACAUAUUAUCGGAGUAUAAGAAUCGACCUACAAUAAUCGAAAAAAUCGAUGAAUUCGAUAAAAAUGCAAUAAGACAGAAAAUACACCAUUUUUGGAGGAACCGCGAAGUACCAACAGUCGAUAAAAUGUUAAUCGCCAUUAAUGAAGAUGAAACACUUCUAAACAUUAAGCGGUCGUCAUUUCAAAAAGUGUUGAAAGAUUUACAAUUUCAAUACGUAAAAAAAAAACGUAAUAGUGCACUACUCGAAAGAGAAGAUUUAAUAACUUGGCGCCGAAGUUAUUUGGUCAAAAUAAAGCAUUAUAGAGAGAAAAACAGACCAAUUUAUUAUUUGGACGAAACGUGGGCCAACGCAGGCGAUACACACAGUAGAACGUGGACUGAUACCACAAUAAAUUCAUCACGAGAUGCAUUCCUCAAGGGCCUAACCACAGGACAAAAAGAACCCUCGGGAAAAGGUAAGCGUCUCAUCGUCUUACACAUCGGGUCGACAGAUGGUUUUGUCCCGGGGGGUCUUUUGUGUUUCGAAUCAAAGACCAAUUCUACGGACUACCAUGACGAGAUGAAUGGCGAUACAUUCUAUGAAUGGUUUGUACGAAUUCUACCACUAUUAAAAGAAAACGUCGUCAUAGUGAUGGAUAAUGCUUCGUAUCACUCCGUGAAGAAAUGCAAAAUACCAACUAUGUCUUGGAAAAAAAAAGAUAUUAUCGAUUGGCUUGAAAUAAAAGACGAGUACGCAAAAGACAAUGGCAAAAUCGUAUUGCGAUUACCCCCAUACCACUGCGAGCUAAACCCUAUCGAGCUCGCGUGGUCUUCUGUAAAAAGCUAUGUCCGGACACAUAAUAAUACGUUCAAAAUAAAGGAUGUAUUGGAGUUAUUAAAAAAAGGCGUGGAACAUGUGACAGCGGAAAUGUGGACGAAUUUUGUGGGACAUGUCGUCAAGGAGAAAGAAAAGUUUUUGAACAUUGAACAUAUAACAGAUGAAGUAUUUGACGAACUUCCCGAAGUAGAAGGACGUCAUAUCAUGACGAUAACAGGUGAUACGAGUUGUUCGGAAUCAGACUUCGAUAAGGAUUGA